AUGUGGGUGCUAGCACUUUCAAUUUCGCUUCCUUUGUUUGUUACAAGGAUUCUAAUGGAAUACCCACCUGGUCAGAAAGUGUGCGUGUCAAAAUUUUCUGGUAUCGAGAUAUACAACAUGAUAAGAUUUGCACUGACGUUUCUAUUUCCUUACUUGAUCAUAUCGUGGUCUUACGGCGCUGUUGCACUGAAAAUCAAGCGCCAUAUCCGACACAACGUCAUUGAACGCACACGACUUUCGCUGUACUCCGAUGAAAGCCGAGACACACACGAUGGUCGAUCGAACAGAUCUGAUUGGCAGGUACAACUGGAAUACAACAAGCAGCCAAGAGGAAGCAGGACCGGCGCAGAACGGGAGUUCGACUUAUUGAGAAUGAUAUAUGUGAUUAUCAUUUCAUUUGUAGUAUGCUAUGCUCCAUACCAAGCCCUUUUUCUGUGGGAAUACACAACAGGACCUAGCGGUUGGCGCUUUCCCUUUCAUGAAGUUUUGCGCAACUAUUUUUAUGUUCUAACCUGCUUGCCAGGUGCAAUUCAUCCUCUCUGUUAUGGCACCAUAAACAGAUUCUUUGCAAGAGCAUUUUCCAGAAUUGUAAUGUGCAGGCGUUGA